CGAGGACCUGUAUGAAUAUUCACCAGGUAAGUGCUAAACAUUAGCAUUCUUCGGGCACCAGUAUCAUAUUGAGGACCUUCAAAAUCAACAGGUAUAAGUACGCCCAUGAAGUCCUUCCGUCAGAUAACUCUUCAUCUCACACUUGCAUACCUGGAGUUCUCCAUUCACACAGCACCCCGACAAUACCAUACCUCUCUGACGUCCACCUGUCCUAUCACCCUUUUCUCCUUCGUUGUGUCUACAUCCUCCUCUAUCUCCAACACCUCAUUCAACAUGUCUUCCUACUCCAGCACCAGUAGCAUCAGCACCCGCUCCGAGGACAUCGGCGUCCUCUACGAAGAUCCUGUAUCGGAGUCUUCCAGCGCCAUCGACAUCCCAGCUGGCCCAAGCCGAAGGGAUUCACUUGCAUCGCUCUUCAACUUCUCUUGGGACACACCCGGCAACGACGAGCAUGUCGACUUUCACGUCGACGACACCAUCGCCAGGAGCACCAGAAUCGAGAUGCGUGCCGAGGACCCCACCCUGCGCAUCGACAGCGAGGGUCUCCCUCUCGGCCGCCGUGGUACGCCUCCCGUAUUGCCCAUUUCCGACUUCGCAUUGGCCUUGAACCAGGAGCGCAUCGCCCAAGCAAAUUGGGAGAUCCGGGACGAAUGGAUCAUGGAGCAAGCCCGGAACUGGGCCUACAGGCCUGAAACCCCGGUGCCCUCCCCGCCUUUAUCAUUCACAACGGCGUCCGAUCUCUCCACGGCGACCACCCUGGCAACGUCUUCCGAUUUCUCCAGGGUGACCACCCUAGUCAACUCACCCCCAAUGCGGCCCGAGUCCCCUCCCGUCCCAACGACACAAGGCAGGGUGGAGUGGCCGGAAUACUCCCCAGCGUCCAGUGUGCCUCCCUCGCCAGUCUGGAUACCAGCCGAAGAUCCUUUUGACUCGCCACCCUGGAAUCAAUUCAGCUGGCUCGUUACGGAGCGAUUGGUCAGCGUUUUGGACCGGUCUAUACCAGAAGACCAACUAGACUACCGACAAGGACAGUUGAGAAGGGCGUUACGCGCUCAGGCCCCAAGCCCACCCCCAGCACCAGCUCCGCGAGCCUCUGGUCCAACGUCGAUUCCGAUCGUCGCUGAGCCAGAAAGACCCGCCAGGCCUACCGACCAAACGCUCAGCCCCCAAUUGCUGUCAAGACACUCGGUCAUGUACGGCAGGAUCAUGGAUCGAAUCCGCUAGCGCCGAGUAAAGGCCUGUGAC